AUGGACUUGGGUCUUUACCAAGUGCAGCACAAUACGGAAGAUCGUAAAAAGUGGUGGAACGCAAAAUUCCCACCAACCACCGAUAAGGUCUCGAUCCAGCCAAGUGCACCAAGCGCACGAAAACCAAGGAGUACAUCAAAUGGACUUUUACGGACUAUACAAUGGGGAAUGGAACAAGUACAACGUGAUAUGAAGCGAUGUGAACUCGGAAUACGUCCGGGGAUAUGCAUGAACUUAUAUGGGAGAGAGUAUGAGCAUGGUUGA